UCCGCUGCCGAGUGUUUCAUGAUGGCGGACCGUCUGCGUUCUUCCGCUGUUUGUUUAGUUUGUUUACGGCUCUGACCGGGCCUUUGUUCGUCUGUGUGUUUUGGACCAACUCCGCUUCUCCCCGUGCAGCGAUGGAGCGGGGCGUGGACCCGUCCGCGCUGCCCAAGGAGGUUCGGGAGCAGCUCGCGGAGUUGGACCUGGAGCUGUCUGAAGGUGACAUCACACAGAAAGGCUUUGAGAAGAAGCGGGCCAAACUUCUGGCCUCUUUCAUCCCUCACGUGACUCCGCCAAGUCUAUCUCUUCCAGAUGUCCAGCUCUCUCCGGGUCACAGGAGCGACCCCAGCCCAAGUCCGGAGGCCCCGGGGCCCUCCACCUCCUCUGCCACAAGGCAUCACCGCGCCCAUCGCAGCGGGGGAGCCAGAGAUGAGCGCUACAGAUCUGACAUCCACACUGAAGCUGUGCAAGCAGCGCUGGCCAAACACAAGGAGGAGAAGAUGGCGCUGCCCAUGCCAACCAAGAGACGCUCAGCUUUUGUCCAGUCUCCCAGUGAUGCCUGCACUCCGCCAGACACGUCGUCGGCGUCUGAGGACGAAGGUUCUCUUCGCAGAAAGGCUGCUCUUGGCGCCGUUUUGGCUCAGAGCUUGCAGAGUCCGGACCUCUGGAUCAACCGGUCCGUGCAAAGCUCAUCCACCUCAUCCUCUGCCUCCUCCACCCUCUCCCAUGGAGAGUCCAAGACUCAGGCUCAACCUCAGCCGGCUGCUGCCGUGUUGGCCGACGUACUGGCUCACGCUCGCAUCGAGAACAGCGCCCCUCCAGACGUGACCAAUUCAACACCUCCAGACCGAGGCCCUCGUGUGGACCUGCCUCCAGCUGUCAGGGGCAUGAGCCGUGGUCAGAGCCGCUGCAGCAUGCUGGACACUGCCGACGGAAACCGACAAGGAGUUCCAGUCAACAGCAGAGUGUCCACCAAGAUCCAGCAGCUGCUGAACACUCUGAAACGACCCAAACGGCCUCCACUCAGUGAAUUCUUCCUGGACGACUCAGAGGAGAUCAUAGAAGUUCCUCAGCCAGAUCCCAACACCCCGAAGCCUGAAGGCCGUCAGAUCAUCCCGGUGAAGGGUGAGCCACUGGGUGUGGUCAGCAACUGGCCUCCCGCCCUGCAGGCGGCUCUGGCCCGCUGGGGGGCCACUCAAGCCAAGAGCCCGGCCCUCACUGCGCUGGACGUCACGGGGAAGCCACUCUACACGCUCACUUACGGGAAACUGUGGAGUCGCAGUCUGAAGCUGGCGUAUACACUGCUGAACAAACUUGGAAGCAAGACAGAACCUGUGCUGCAGCCUGGAGACCGGGUGGCGCUGGUCUACCCCAACAGUGACCCGGGCAUGUUCUGGGUGGCAUUCUAUGGCUGCUUGUUGGCCGAGGUCAUCCCAGUUCCCAUCGAGGUUCCGCUCACUCGACAGGACGCCGGCAGCCAGCAGAUCGGUUUCCUGUUGGGCAGCUGUGGGGUUGGUCUGGCUCUGACUAGCGAGGUUUGUCUCAAAGGCCUGCCCAAAACCCCCAACGGAGAGAUCAUCCAGUUCAAAGGUUGGCCCAGGAUGAAGUGGGUGGUGACUGACACCAAGUACCUGACCAAACCCUCUAAAGACUGGCAGCCACACAUCCCCACAGCCAACACAGACACAGCCUACAUUGAGUACAAAGCCAGCAAGGAGGGAACUGUGAUGGGUGUGGCCGUGUCCAAGAUCUCAAUGCUGACCCACUGCCAGGCUCUUAGUCAGGCCUGUAACUACUGUGAAGGUGAAACGCUGGUCAACGUGCUGGACUGCAAGAAGGACAUGGGUCUCUGGCAUGGGGUUCUGACGAGCGUCAUGAACCGGAUCCACACCAUCACAGUGCCCUAUGCUGUCAUGAAGGCAUGUCCCUUGUCCUGGGUGCAGAGGGUGCACAUCCACAAAGCUCGAGUGGUCCUGGUCAAAUGCCGCGACCUUCACUGGGCCAUGAUGGCGCACAAAGACCAGCGAGACACCAACCUGUCAUCCAUACGGAUGCUGAUCGUGGCUGAUGGUGCAAAUCCCUGGUCAGUGUCAUCAUGCGAUGCUUUUCUUAACGUAUUCCAGUCUCACGGUUUGAAGCCUGAGGUCAUCUGUCCCUGCGCCACUUCGCCUGAGGCAUUAACCGUGGCCAUUCGGAGGCCUGGAGCUCGAGGUGAUCCUCUUCCAGCGCGGGCCAUCCUCUCCAUGGGUGGCCUCAGUCACGGAGUGAUCCGGGUCAACACUGAGGACAAGAACUCAGCUUUGACAGUGCAGGACGUAGGUCACAUCAUGCCUGGAGCUCUGAUGUGUAUUGUGAAGCCAGACGGGCCGCCGCAGCUCUGCAAGACGGACGAGAUUGGAGAGAUCGUGAUCAACUCUCGGGCAGGAGGGACCAUGUACUAUGGUCUGCCUGGCGUCACCAAGACCACAUUUGAGGUCAUUCCAGUCAAUCAGGCCGGAGCACCGCUGGGAGAAGUGACCUUCACCAGAACGGGUCUGCUGGGCUUCGUGGGGCCGGGCAGUCUGGUGUUUGUGGUGGGCAAGAACGAGGGGCUGCUGUCAGUCAGUGGCCGGCGCCACAAUGCGGAUGACCUGGUGGCCACAGCUCUGGCAGUGGAGCCUGUGAAGACUGUCUACAGGGGAAGAAUCGCCGUGUUUUCAGUCACAGUGUUUUAUGACGAGAGGAUCGUGAUCGUAGCAGAGCAGAGGCCGGAUGCCAGUGAGGAGGACAGCUUCCAGUGGAUGAGUCGAGUUCUGCAGGCCAUCGACAGUAUCCACCAGGUGGGGCUCUACUGCCUGGCUCUCGUUCCAGCCAACACUCUGCCAAAGACGCCUCUGGGUGGAAUCCAUAUUUGUGAGACCAAACAGAGCUUCCUGGAAGGGAACCUUCAUCCCUGCAACAUCCUCAUGUGCCCUCAUACCUGCGUCACUAACAUGCCCAAGCCCAGGCAGAAACAGCCGGUGGAUGUCGGACCGGCCUCCAUGCUUGUGGGCAACCUUGUGGCUGGGAAACGUAUUGCCCAGGCAAUGGGUCGAGAGCUGGGUCAGUUAGAGGACCAGGAUCAAAUCCGAAAGCACCAGUUCCUGUCGGACUCGCUGCAGUGGCGUGCCCAGACUGACCCCGACCACGUUCUUUAUGUGCUGCUCAAUGCCAAGGGGGCGGCGGUGUGCACCGCCACGUGUGCCCAGCUUCACAAGAGGGCAGAAAAAAUCACCGCCACUCUUUUGGAGCGAGGAGGACUUAACGCCGGGGACAAUGUGGUCCUCCUCUACCCUCCAGGAAUCGACUUAAUUGCUGCCUUCUACGGGUGUCUGUACGCCGGAGUCGUACCAGUGACCGUUCGCCCUCCUCAUCCUCAGAACCUGGCGGCCACGCUUCCCACUGUCCGCAUGAUCAUCGAUGUGAGCAAGGCGGCCUGCAUCCUGACCACUCAGCCACUGGUCAGAAUCCUGCGGUCCAGAGAGGCAGCAGCUAGUGUCAACAUCAAGACGUGGCCCACCAUCAUCGACACAGAUGACCUCCCCAGGAAACGGCCUUCACACAUCUACAAGCCACCCACAGCGGAAAUGUUGGCCUACCUGGACUUCAGUGUGUCCACCACAGGCAUGUUGACCGGAGUCAAGAUGUCGCACUCUGCUGCCAGCACCUUAUGUCGUUCCAUCAAGCUGCAGUGUGAACUCUACUCCUCACGUCAGAUCGCCAUCUGUCUGGACCCAUACUGUGGACUGGGCUUCGUGCUGUGGUGCCUUUCCAGUGUUUACUCAGGUCACCAGUCCAUUCUCAUCCCGCCUCUGGAGCUGGAGGUCUCUCUGCCUGUGUGGCUCACUACUCUAAGUCAGUACAAGAUCCGGGACACAUUCUGCUCCUACUCCGUCAUGGAGCUCUGCACCAAAGGCCUUGGCACUCACACAGAAAUGCUGAAGGCGCGCGGACUCAACCUGUCAUGCGUUCGGAGCUGCGUGGUGGUCGCUGAAGAACGUCCUCGUUUGGGCCUCUCCCAGUCUUUCUCCAAGCUCUUCAAAGACCUGGGUCUGUCCUCGCGGGCUGUCAGCACCGCCUUUGGCUCCAGAGUCAACUUGGCCAUCGGCCUGCAGGGAACAGCAGGUCCAGAUCCAUCCACAGUCUACGUGGACAUGAAGUCUCUGCGCCACGACAGGGUCCGGUUGGUGGAGCGAGGAGCUCCUCAGAGUCUUCCACUCAUGGAGUCCGGAACGAUUCUUCCCGGAGUCCGAGUUAUUAUUGUCAACCCAGAGACCCGAGGCCCUCUGGGGGACUCCCACCUGGGGGAGAUCUGGGUCAACAGUCCUCACUGUGCCACCGGUUAUUACACCAUUUACGGCGAAGAGAGUCUGCAGGCGGACCACUUCAACACCAGACUCAGCUUUGGAGAACCCCAGACUCUGUGGGCCAGAACUGGGUACCUGGGUUUCAUCAAAAGAACGGAGCUCCUGGACGCCAGUGGAGACCGUCACGACGCCUUGUUUGUGGUGGGUUCUCUGGACGAGACCUUGGAGCUCAGAGGGCUGAGGUACCAUCCCAUUGACAUUGAGACAUCGGUGUCCCGGGCCCACCGCAGCAUUGCAGAGAGCGCUGUGUUCACGUGGACCAAUCUGCUGGUGGUGGUGGCGGAGCUGAGCGGGUCGGAGCAGGAGGCCUUGGAUCUGGUCCCUCUGGUCACCAACGUGGUUCUGGAGGAGCACCACCUCAUCGUGGGUGUGGUGGUGAUUGUGGAUCCGGGCGUCAUCCCCAUCAACUCCCGAGGCGAGAAGCAGCGGAUGCACCUGAGGGACUCCUUCCUGGCUGACCAGCUGGACCCCAUCUACGUGGCGUACAACAUGUGACGGGGCCAGGGCCUGGCCAUGGUGCUGUGGUGGGACCACCUGCAGUUAGUCUUCAGCGUCAUCGCCUCAUCUUCUCUCUUUUCUUCCUGCGCUCCUGAACCCAGUCCUGAGCCAGGUCUGCGCAGGUGGGUUCGUCCUGACUGACAACCAUGUUUGCUGCUUCCCACACACACACACACACACACACACACACACACACACACACACGGGCCACUGGUCACGUCCACUGAAGCACAUCGUCGCUGGGUGUGCCUGCUGGUUUGGAUGACCAGGAGUCACACACUGGAACUGUUUGGUGCUGGAUGUAGCAGAGUCUGUGAUGCCAGCCGACCCACUCAAGAGCAGGUCUGCUGAUCUGGGGAUCAGAGGUUAAGCUGCACAAACUGGGUUUUGAUCGUGGAGCACAAGCUGAAUGUUCCCUCCCCUCACUCCUUUCCACUGUUGGAAGCGGCGCUGUGUUCAAGCCUGGGUCGGUGCUGUGGAUCGGGAGGUCAGAACUCAGUGCCUUGUACUGCCUAGUUCUUCUGCCUUCAUCAGCUGGACCCUGAGGGACCUCUCCCCAUCCACUGGGUUGAUGGUGGCAGCUUGAUGCCAUGGAACUUGAGGGGACACAAAAACGGCGCUGCGUUUGGACCCAGGAUCAGACAGAAGCACAGCGCUUUCCUGGACCCGGGUGGAGCUCAGUGUCCCGGCUGCUUGAACUGGAUCACUGGAGAGAAUGGAGGGUCACUUCCCCACUGGUGACUCAGAUGUGUGACGGCCAGCAGGUUCUGAGGAAUCGGCUGCUCCUCCUCCAACCUUUACUGCAUCUGUCGUCACCUGUGAAUCUCAAGUUUUCCUGUGUCCUGUUUGUUUUUUUAGAAAUGUUUUAGGAGUGACGUGGCUUGACCCGACACGUGACUUGUCUGCCGCCAUAUCCACCCUCUAGCCUUCUGAUCACUGGUGCUAACGAUUGCCGUGUCCAAGCACAAACCUUGGUGAAGUCGUUGAGUUUUACCUCAAGAGUCACUAUGCAUCAUGAGUCAGCGGUGUGACAACAUGUGUCGCCAUGUCCAUUAAAACUGUGCAACUGUC